AUGGUGAACGACGGCGGCGCGGCCGGCGGCUGCCCAGGCGGCUGCUGCAUCCCAACCUGCAACGUGAUCGCCUUUGGCGAGGGCGAUGACCUGGGCGCAUUCGGAACCGCGUCUUUCCUCGAUACAUGCAAGCAGAACUACGACCGGAAGAACGGGGGUACAGUUGAUCUGGGUGACGACCACCAGGCAAGCUGGGUCUACGAAGGCGAAGACAAAGUCUUUCUCGAUGUCUUCCGCAAGAGCGACAAGAAGUACAAUCGAUUCGAGAUUACUAACUGUCAAUUGGCUACUACGGGUGGGUCGCAGUGUGCGCCCAGUGGUGGAGGCUGUGAUGCCAAGCUGAUCCUCGUUGAGCAACAGGGCUAG